AUGGCCUCUCCCGGCAGACCCAGUUCGCAACAAUUCCUCACUUCCCCUACGGCCACGUCGCCCACAACGCAAUUCCCUUUUCCCGAUGUCUCCCAACGGCCGUAUGGUACUGGAAACGGCAACAUACGCCGAGGUUCGACGGCCAGUUCGAUCACGAGCAUCGGGGGAGCCCUUGACACUGGGUCUAUCAAUAGCACCACGAUAACCGAGACUGGCCAGAAUGCUAUUUCAACUCUCCUCCAGCACCCUAUUAUGCGGACUGGGCUACAAGCGAGUACUGCAGCACCCACCACCGGCUACAAAGCCCCGACGCACCGCGACAUUCCCCCAGUGGCCUUGACGAACAUUCCUCACGUGGAAGCCAAGGCAUUCCAUCCGUACCUUGCUCAAGUCGGAUCACUUUACGAAGCAUUUCAACGAGCAAAGAACGAAGGGGAAGGAGAAACAUCUUUAUUUCAGAGAGAUGCAAAAGAAAGCAAGAACGAGGAAUGGGAGGCCGUGUUGAGCAAGAGGCUGCAAAGACCAGGUCAUUCCCGCGCUGGAUCGAUAGCCUCAAGUGUCUCAACUCCCAGCGAACGUCCGCAGCCGAAGAGAAAACAGAGCAGCCAGCGACGACAGGCAGUUACGCCACUGUCCACGAUCCCCCCUGUCUAUUCCGAAGAGGAUUUCCACUUGGAAAAUCCAAGGACCUUUGACAUUGUUUCGGAGCGAUCAGAAAUUGUUCGUGAUCCAAAUGGCACUCCUAGCGGUAGGAAGUCUUUGGCCACAAACGCCAUUCUACAGGAGAAGUUGUCUUGGUACAUGGACACCGUCGAGGUCCAUCUUAUUAGCUCGAUAUCUACUGCCUCGAAAUCCUUCUUCUCUGCUCUAGGAUCACUCAGAGAACUACAUGGAGAAGCUGAGGACUCGGUGGACAGGAUCCAGAAGCUACGAAAGGACCUUGCAAAAUUGGACAAAGAGAUGGCCAUUGACGGAUUGAAAGUGGUUAAUCUCAAACAGAGGCGGGACAACGUCAGACAACUUGCAGAGGCAAUCAUGCAACUGGAAGAUAUUGUCAAGUCGGUCCAGACUUGCGAAAGCAUGAUCGAGCAGGGUGAAAUAGAUGCUGCCCUCAAUGAUCUUGAUGAGGUUGAAGCAUUGAUGACGGGACAUGCAAGCAAAGCUGAGAGCUCAAAUGAACCUGAUCGAUAUCAGAGGCGCGAUUUGAGAAGGAUAAAGGCGUUAGAAGGUGCUCUUGACGAUUUGAAUCAGCUCCGUUAUCGAGCAGGACGAGGCUAUGAAAGCCGCUUCCAUUCCAGCCUAUUGACCGACAUUAGACGGCAUGUGGAGCAAACAGAGACCGGAAUCACACUCCAGCGAUGGGGCAACGCAUAUACCAGACCCAAACCAGGUCAAAGAAGGGCCCCAUCUUCGUUCCCGGGCUAUAUGAACAUUGGUUCUGAAUUGCGCGCUGAACUCGAAGUGGAGAUGAAAGGUCUGUCCAGAGCAAGAUACACAACUCCGGCUGCAACAACCUUUCGCGCAGUGGUAUUAAGAGAGAUGAAAUCCAUGAUUCGCAAACAACUACCCGCCUCCCAUGACGAUGAUAACGUUUCAACGAUAUCAGCCUCAACAAUGGGAGGUCGCCAUAUGAGCCAGCAAGAGAAAUCUUCUAUCCUAGCCAGAAACCUUCGUGCUCUGGAUGCGGACGACUGGUAUCAAAUGUUGGCCACGAUAUACACCAAUAUUAGUGAAGGAUUGCGCAGGCUUAGCGUGCAGGUCAAGAUUCUUCUAGACAUCACGAGCAACCUCCCUGAGAAUAUGAUCCGGUCUCCACCUCGAACUCCGGAUCCAGCCAGUAUCGACCGUGUGGUUAGUCCUGGAGGCCGUCCUCGGGCUACAAGCUCUGUCCAGGCGGAGAUGCAACAAGCCCUUGAUCUAUCUAGCUUGCUGGGCGAAGGAGUUGACCUCGUUCAAGCACAGAUUACAAAAGUGGUAAAGGUUAGGUCUCAACAAAUUUCUGAGCUUCCGCUGCCCGCAUUCCUGAAAUAUUUCACGUUGAACAAGUUGUUCGCUGAUGAAUGCGAGGCUAUUUCGGGUCGAAGUGGAGCGGCACUGAAGACUGUGGUUGAUACGCAAAUCAAAGACUUUGUUGCGCACUUCGGAGAAACCCAGAAGCAUGAAGUCAUCAAGGUCAUGGAUAGAGAUAAAUGGGAUGCCAGAGACUUUGGUGACCACGAGAAUGAAAUACUCAGUAUCGUAAUGCAAGGCAGCACUAGCGAUGCGCUUUCGUGGACUGAAAGCACGUUGAUCUGGCAAUCGCCGACCAAAGUCACGAAAGGUACCAAUGGGGUAGUCACGAAUGGAACAACAGCUGCCACAACGAAGGUUCGAAGUGCCAUUGUUGAUGAGCAGAAGUACAUCCUGCCAGAACCGGCCUUGACAAUGCUUCGCUCUAUGGAGUCCUUUCAGCAUCUGGCAUCUGGCAUCCCCAGCAUGAGCCAUGAAGUUGCAGGUCUUCUCUUGGAAAGUCUCAAGUUGUUUAAUUCGCGCAGUUAUCAACUCAUUCUAGGAGCUGGCGCCACAAGAAGCGCUGGUCUGAAGAAUAUCACAACAAAGCAUCUGGCUCUUUCGUCUCAAGCUCUAAGCUUCAUCGUGGCUCUUAUCCCUUAUGUCCGCGAAUUCUUUCGCCGCCACCUUUCGUCCUCCAAUGCAUCGCAAGUCAUGAUAGAGUUCGACAAAGUGAAGCGUCUCUUCCAAGAACACCAACAUGGCAUUCACGAGAAGCUGGUCGAUAUAAUGUCAGGGAGGGCGUUGAUGCAUGUCAAAUCCAUGAGAAACAUCGACUGGGACGAAGCCGCAAAAAACAAAGCAGUUCCUGUUUCACCAUACAUGGAGACCUUGACUAAGGAGACGGGAAUGUUGCAGAAAGUACUUGCCAAGCACUUGCCAGAACCGGUUGUAGCAGGAAUCAUGAUACCUGUCUUUUCUAGCUAUCGCGACCAAUGGACUAGGGCAUAUCGGGAGGUGACUAUCAAAUCAGCUGCAGCGAAAGAAAGACUUCUCGCAGAUGCCGAAUUCUUCAAGACGAGAAUCAGCAAGAUCGACGGUGCAGGCGAUCUUGGCGAUGAAGUCGUCAAAGUCGUGCAAGAGAAGUCAGUGAUUCAGACCGAAGCACCGGCUUCUGCACCAGCGCCUCCAGCAGCGGGGCAAGCGCCAGAGAUACCAUCCCUGCCGCCCACAGGCCCGACACAACAGCCUCAAUCUCAAUCUCAAUCACAACCGAAGGAAAACGAUGCGAACUCGAUUUCGCCGGCAGACAAGGGAGAUCAAAACUCGUAG